ACUGAAACUCGGACUUAAAUAAACGAUCACAGGCUCUAGGGUUUUUAUAUUUAUAACUAAUGUCAUUUUAAUUAAAGUUUUGACAAACGACAACCGAAAUCUUUCUUUUCUGUCGUUUCGUUAAAAAUGGCACCGACAGCGGAUAAGGCUAAAACUGACAAAAAAACUAAGACCGUAAAGGGACUGCCUGCAGUUCCUGAAUCUGUCUUAAAACACCGCAAAAGACGUGAAGCCUCUAGGGCUAAAAGGCUUCAAUCCAUUGUAAAGAAGAAGUCUGAACAAAUCAAAAAGAGAAAAGAUAUUUUCAAAAGAGCAGAACAGUAUGUUAAGGAAUACAGAUUAAAAGAACGAGAUGAAAUAAGGUUAAUUCGUCAAGCUAAAAAUAAGGGUAAUUUCUAUGUACCUGGAGAGGCUAAAUUGGCUUUCGUUAUCCGUAUUAAGGGUAUCAAUAAAGUAGCACCAAAAGUACGUAAAGUUCUUCAACUUUUCCGUCUACUUCAGAUCAACAAUGGAGUUUUUGUAAAACUCAACAAAGCUACCAUUAACAUGCUUAGAAUAUGUGAACCUUACAUUACAUGGGGUUACCCCAAUUUGAAAUCUGUUAGGGAAUUAAUUUACAAGAGAGGUUUUGCUAAAGUGAAUGGACAAAGAGUAUCAAUCACUAGCAAUCAGAUCAUUGAAGACAGAUUAGGAAAAUCUGGCAUUAUCUGUAUUGAAGAUUUGAUUCAUGAACUGUUCACUGUUGGAUCCAGGUUCAAAUAUGCCUCCAACUUCUUAUGGCCCUUCAAGCUAAACACACCAACUGGUGGCUGGCGUAAGAAGACCAAUCACUAUGUAGAAGGUGGUGACUUUGGUAAUAGAGAAGAUAAAAUAAAUGAACUUCUCAGAAGAAUGGUUUAAACUAUAAGUUUAAUAAUAAAUUAUGUAUAAAAGACCU